CUGCUCCGUUCACUUUGCCUUUACUCACUGAGGAAGGAGUUGUCCGUGUGCGAAAAAUCUGUGGAAAAUUAUGCAAUUUGCAUCACGAUUUUCGCACCGUACGCGGUCGUAAAGUGCGACAACGGGUGUAGGAAGAUGUCGUGCGUGUGACUGUUGUGAAGUGUGCGCUCGAAACGGCCUGCUGCUGCUGGUUGGGUAUCAGGAUAUAGGGCGGCCCAUACAUACACUGCCAAUACUGACAGGUAUGGUGGACAGGUGGCAAUGCUGAAGUGAAAGGACUGAAACAAGUGUAUGCAACAACCGCCCGACCACCGUCCGCUCGGUGGUAAUAUCUGGUGCUAACUAACGGUGGCCAAACUUACGGUGGCGAAUUUUAAAGGAGCAGAAAGCUAAGAGAAAAAAAAUGCAUCAAGAAUAGAGAAUCACAGGAAGUUCCUUAACUGACGACGACAGCCGCAAACCACUGUUUUUGUGGAAUAGUGGCAGUAUUGUAAUACGGAAGAAAAAGGAUACCAACGGCACACAAACAUACACACUCCCGAGCGCUGGUUUUGGUUGGUUGCUGCUGCGUAAGUGCCGUAAGUGAGACGUAAAAUAGAGCAAAAAUGCCCAGCGCUUCCUUCUCGUCGUCCCGAUCGUACGUUCGCCGAUCCCGGCGAAAGGGCAACCGAAUUCCGCUGCCAUCGCGAACUUCCGCAAUAUGCGAACAGAACAUUCCAGCACCGAACGUUGGUGCAGCGUUGUCGUCAAAUGGUGGCGGUGGAAGUGGCGGAGCCGGUGGCGGUCCAGCUGUGACCGCUGCAGCACCACCAACGGCCGGCACCGGUCCCACGACAGCCGUUAGUACUACAAUCAGCUCCACAAACAGUAGCAGCACCUCCACCGCCAGCUCGUCCACAUCCAGCGCUCCUUCCACUUCCACGUCCGCCUCAUCGGCAUCGUCGUCGUCGUCGAACGCGGCACCAAGCUCCUCAACGACACUAGCAGCAUCCAUCACCGGUCUAUCCGCGGCUUCAUCCACCUCUGGCAUGAUGGCUCCGCCGGGUGUUUGCACAUCGUCCGGCAUGACCAACUUCGGGGCCUGUUAUAAGGAUGUGGCGACCACCACCACCAGUGUGGACAUCGUUGGUCCAACGGUAAUGGUGUGCGGUGGUGGUGCCGGUGGUUCCGGGACAGCCAGUUCAUCAUCCUCAACCACCACCUCCUCACAGUGUCUGUCGGCGAUAACGGCGUCACUGUACGCGAUUGUUGGUUCCAACAGUGGCGGCAACAGCACAUCGACCGGCGCCUCCUCCUCUACGUCCUCAUCGUUCGGGUGUUCCAGCUCUUCCUCUACUUCCAUAUCAGGAACGGUAGGUGCGGCUGGAGCCGGUUCCGCCACGUGCAGCGGACUGUCCUCCGGUCCACUGUCCUCCGUAACGCUGUCCGAGGUGAAGCAGAGCUCCAACUCGCCGUACGAUCUGCGCAAAAAGUCCCCCAUGACGGCACACGACUCAGCCAGUGCCAGCGGAGGAGGCAGCGGUGGUGGUGGUGGUGGUGGUGGCGGUGGGUGGUUAGCGGGUGGUGGAGGAAACGGUCCCGCAACGUCAAACUCAUCCACGGCAUCAUCAUCAUCGUCGAACGCAAUGGCCGGCAACUCUUCGGCAGGCGGUUCAUCGUCCAGCACCAGUUCCGGCGGCUCCUUGUCGUCCUCUGCCGGUGGUGCACCAUUCGGCCUAGGAUGUGGCGCCUCGUCCUCGUCUAGCAGUAGUAUUAACAACCCGAACUGCUCCCCAGGUGGCAGCAGUAGCGGCGGUGGUGCCGGCAGCGGUAAUCUGCUUCUGCACCACCACCAUCACCAUUCGCAUCAGUAUCAGUCGACCAGUGGGUACGAUCCGAACGCGGCCGCUUAUAUGCUGCCGGCACGGAAACGUCCUCGCCGUACUUAUUCCAACAGCAACGAGGUGGGCACCUCGAUGGCGGCCACCAUGCCCCAGCAGCCGACGGCGGCCGCUGCAGCGCUGCUUGCCGCCACGGGCGGUGGCUCGUCCGCUUCGUCUUCCGUCGCGUGCCGCCCGGCGGCCACUGCCGCGGUAGUCGCGCUCACCUCUCCGGCCACCCCUUCACCGCCGAUGGCAACGGCAUCGGUGGCAAUGGCGGGCACGAUGUGUAUGCAGUCGGCGGCCCACUACCUGCAGUACGAAAUGCCGGACGAGGUGCUGCUGACGAUCUUUUCCUACCUGUACGAGCAGGACCUCUGCAGGGUGGCACUGGUCUGCAAGCGCUUCCAAACGAUCGCCAACGACAAGGAGCUGUGGAAGCGGCUCUACCAGAACGUGUACGAGUACGAUCUGCCGCUGUUCAAUCCGGAACCGUGGAAGUUUGUGUUCGUGAAACCGGACGAGGCGGACUACGCGAACCCGUGGAAGGAAAGCUUCCGGCAGCUUUACCGCGGCAUCCACGUGCGGCCCGGCUAUCAGGAGCGGCGGUAUCAGGGCCGCAACAUCGCUUACUUCAACACAGUGCAAGGUGCACUGGACUACGCGGACGAACGGAAUUCGGCGCACAACAUGGCGAAUGCGUUGGCCGCUGCCAACAGUGCUGGCGGCGGUGCGAGUGGGAACGGCAACAAUGGCAUGGGAGGUAACAACAGCAAUAACAACAACAACAACAACAAUGGUGAUGAUAUGGGUGUGUCGGCGGGAGCAGGAGGAGGUGGUGGUGGUGGUGGUGGUGCGGUCGUCGAAGCGUUGGCAACGAGCGGCUUAAUAUUUCUGCACAGCGGUACGUACCGUGGCGAGUUUCUGGUGAUCGAUUCCGAUGUGGCACUGAUUGGGGCCGCCCCGGGGAACGUGGCCGAAUCGAUCAUUCUCGAGCGAGAGUCCGAAUCGACGGUCAUGUUCGUUGAGGGCGCGAAGCAGGCGUACGUGGGGCACAUGACGUUGAAGUUUUCGCCGGACGUUACCUCGACGGUGCCGCACCACAAGCACUACUGUCUGGAGGUGAGCGAAAACUGCAGUCCCACCAUCGAUCACUGCAUAAUCCGGAGCACGUCGGUCGUUGGAGCCGCCGUGUGCGUGAGUGGUGUCGGUGCCAAUCCGCUGAUCAAGUACUGCGACAUCAGCGACUGCGAGAACGUCGGUCUGUACGUGACGGAUUACGCGCAGGGCACGUACGAGCAUAACGAGAUUAGCCGGAAUGCGUUGGCCGGCAUCUGGGUGAAGAACUACGCUAGUCCUAUCAUGCGCGAAAACCACAUCCACCACGGCCGCGACGUGGGCAUCUUUACAUUCGACAAUGGCAUGGGUUACUUUGAGAAGAAUGACAUCCACAACAACCGAAUAGCGGGUUUCGAGGUGAAGGCGGGCGCCAAUCCAACCGUGGUCAAGUGCGAGAUACAUCACGGCCAAACGGGCGGUAUCUACGUACACGAGAAUGGGCUGGGCCAGUUCAUAGAGAACAAAAUCCAUUCCAACAAUUUUGCGGGAGUGUGGAUUACGUCGAACAGUAACCCCACGAUCAGGAAGAAUGAGAUCUACAACGGACAUCAGGGCGGUGUGUACAUCUUCGGCGAGGGUCGCGGUUUGAUCGAGCACAACAACAUCUACGGCAAUGCGCUGGCCGGCAUACAGAUACGCACGACGAGCGAUCCGAUCGUGCGGCACAACAAAAUCCACCACGGCCAGCACGGCGGUAUCUACGUGCACGAGAAGGGCCAGGGGUUGAUCGAGGAGAACGAGGUGUACGCGAACACGCUGGCCGGCGUUUGGAUCACGACCGGGAGUACGCCCGUGCUGCGGCGGAACCGCAUCCAUUCGGGCAAGCAGGUGGGCGUGUAUUUCUACGACAAUGGGCACGGCAAGCUGGAGGACAACGACAUCUUCAACCAUCUGUACUCGGGCGUGCAGAUCCGCACCGGCAGCAAUCCGGUGAUACGGGGCAAUAAGAUUUGGGGUGGCCAGAACGGCGGUGUGCUGGUGUACAACGGUGGGCUCGGGUUGCUGGAGCAGAACGAAAUCUUCGACAACGCGAUGGCGGGCGUGUGGAUCAAGACGGACUCGAACCCGACGCUGCGCCGCAACAAGAUCUACGACGGUCGGGAUGGUGGCAUCUGCAUCUUCAACGGCGGCAAGGGCAUACUGGAGGAGAACGACAUCUUCCGCAACACGCAGGCGGGUGUGCUGAUCUCGACCCAGAGCCAUCCGGUGCUGAAGCGCAAUCGCAUCUUCGACGGGUUGGCGGCCGGCGUAGAGAUUACGAACAAUGCGACCGCCACGCUGGAGUACAAUCAGAUCUUCAACAACAAGUUCGGUGGGCUGUGUUUGGCCAGCGGCGUGCAGCCGAUCGUCGGCGGGAACAAGAUAUUUAACAAUCAGGACGAGGUGGAGAAAGCGGUAUCGGGCGGCCAGUGUCUGUACAAAAUCUCGUCCUACACCUCGUUCCCGAUGCAUGAUUUCUAUCGCUGCCAUACGUGCAAUACCACCGAUCGCAAUGCAAUCUGUGUGAAUUGCAUCAAAACGUGCCACUCCGGUCAUGACGUCGAGUUUAUACGCCAUGAUAGAUUUUUCUGCGACUGCGGUGCCGGUACGCUGACGAACCAAUGCCAGCUGCAGGGUGAACCGACGCAAGACACGGACACGCUGUACGAUUCGGCAGCGCCAAUGGAGUCCCACACGCUGAUGGUGAACUAGGGCCAUCCCGGGCGGAAUGGAUGGUUAACCAACGGCAACGCGUUGCUACAGCCCAGCAGCACACAGGUGUACAGAGCAUAACAAAAAAAAAAACGGGACACUGCUGGCUGGAUAUAAGGCUUUUUUUAGUCGCAUUUCAUGGUGGGAAGGGACUGUGGAACCACAAGAGAAUGAUGGUCACUUAAAGUAACGGCAAUCACUGUAAUCGAUGAAAGGUGUAGCGCGCUCCCCGAUGUGGUGGGGUACCCUGGUGGUGACCACACGCGGCGGUGGCCACGCGGGAUGUGAAAAUCCGUAGCGAAGAAGCAAGCGAUAGUAUUUUAAUGUUAAGGUUAAGCGCGGGGGUUUAGAGGUCAUUCUCGGAUGGUUGCUAGGGUGUGUGUGUGUGUGUGUUAGUAACUCGUGUCUGUGCAUAUGUGUGUGUGUGUGUUGGAGUGUUUGUGCGAUCGAGUGUGUUCUCAAUACAAGGUGAAGCUAGCAAGCAGUUUUGUGUCAGGACACACACACACACACACACCCAAACACACACUCACCACACCAUCGUAAGGAUCACCCCCGGAUCAAUCCCGUACAGCAGGGGUUACAUAGUAUUAUUAUAUGUUAUUUUUGUUUUCCGGUAAACAGAUUGAUGGUGAGCCACCAAUCAGUCUAUCAAUCAAUCAAUCAAUCAAUCGUAAUGGCAUAUUUGGUUCUCGUCCAAAUGCCGCGAGCUGAACUGAUAUUACUCUAGCGACAGAAACGGGAGAGGUCGCGUUCGUGUGAUGCUGGCCACCACCACGUCAUGUGUUUAGCUUAACUUCUUCGUACGGCAGCUUUCGGAAUUGGCUCCAUUUUAUUGUUCCUUUUGUUUGUUUGUUUGUUUGUUUGUUUGUUCGUCGUGGGAGAGCUCGUCUAGCGAACUUAUUAACUCCUCUUUGCCAUAGGCCAUUUCGGUAUGAAUGUAUGAAUGUAUAUAAAUGUGCAGCACACUCAAUUAAAAGCAAACGAAGAAAUCAAGCUGUACGUCUGUGGCUGGAUCUUUUCUUGUCCGGGCGACGCUGAUAUGUCUCCAUCGGCAAACAAUCAUUUAACAGCAUUGCCAAGAAAGGUCCACGUUUAGGCGCGAUCGAGCGCGAAACAGGCACUCCCGGUUGUAAUUCACUAACUGCUCGCCAUAUGCUUCCGUGCCGGAGCUGCGCGAUUCGCUGGUUUGGAUGGAAGUGCGCACAAAGAAACAACUUAAGUUUACAAACUAACUUUAAACAAGUACAAAACUCAACUCUUGCUCCUCUUGCACACCGCAGGAGAGGUGUUUCCAGAUCAGGAUUACAUUCUACUACUUCCUUUGCUACUACUACCAUUUCAACUGGAUGAAUGUCUGUUUUAAAUGCCACAAAAGAGAGAGAGAGAGAGAGUGAGAGAGAAAGUGCCCGCGUGUAGAGAAGUAUCGUGGAGCAGCAUGAAGCGAGCCAAUAAUCCCGCGUCCCAGUGCAUUUAUCUGUGUUAGUAACAGGAUCUUACUGUAUGAUUCGUGAUCGUGUAUUCGUGUAUCUAUUUUAUUGUAUUUCCCUUACGGUACGUUAAAGCUAAUUGUGUUUCUAAAUUUAAAAUCAAACUCCUCUCCUCCUCUUCCCGUCCCGCGUCCCGUCUUACUCUUCACGGCACCUUUCCCACCCGUCACAGCCAAAAUCUGCCCAGCUGUAUGAUAUUAUUACCCUCGUUCGUCCUUGUUUACGGCCCUCUUCUUGCCGGCCACGCGGGCCGUCGUGUGCCGUGCAAAUAAGGACGGCAUACCAUAGGAAGAAGAAAAAGGAAGAAGGGAAUGAAAAAGUCGGAAAAUCGUAUAAAUGUUUUGUGAGACCUUUCUUUUUCUAAAUUCUGUGUUAAAAAUGAGUUUAGUUUUAAAUAUCCAAUGCGUCGCCCGUCGUUUACAAUUAGUCGCCCGUGUUUGAAUCGUCUAACCGUACAUAAUCAUAUCCUUAAUUGGCCCGCGAUGCAAAUUCUUGUGUGUGCGUGUGAAUGUGUGUGAGAGUGUUUCGAGCGCACUUUUAAACAAAUUCCAUGCGUGAUUGGGUAAGCGUGUUAGUGUUGUAAGGACGGACAGCAGCUGCUUCGGGACAGUAAUCAUGUCUGUUGCGAAGAUGACAAUGCGUUGCGGGGAAAAGGGGUCAGAAAAGGGAGGGGAACAUAGGGGGUAAAAGGGGGAAAAAGUGUGUGCGUGCGUGUGUGCGUGUGUGUGUGUGUCGUAGCAUUGUAUAAAUUAUUAUCAUGCGUAUAAGAGUAACGUAUUUUCCUUGUUUUUAGAUCUAAUUUACCAACUCGCUCUCACUUU